AUGAUGACAGACACGGAAAGCGAACCAAAUUUAAACUCCUGGUCUUUUGCCAAUACGCCCGAGUCCCUGACAGAUGAGAACAGUCCCUCUCAGCCGAAGGACUCUGACCAAUGUUUAUACAACGUGGAUGAUAACGAGCCACUGCAAAACGCCGUGGAGAAAUUCAAAGAGACGGGAGAUAUGAUUCACAUUGUCAAACAGGAAUUGCGUUGGCACUUGCUGUACAAACGUAGCAAGGAAGGAAAAGAAGAGAUCAACACUGAAGAAAACACACCGAAACAUUACAAGCUCCGUGAUGAGGAAAUAACAAAAAUCAAACGACGUCGAGAACAAAACAGAAUGGCGGCUCAAAGAUGCCGACAGAGGAAGAAAAACAAAAUGAUAGAUUUAGAAGAGUCGAUAAAACGUUUGUGGAGCCAGUUGCAUGUCUCGAAAGAAGAAAAUAGUCGCUUGAGAGUCGAGAACGUUAAUCUAAAGAUGGAAGUACAACAAUACCGAAGAUACGCCCAGAAUAUGUCCUUCAAUUAUCAUGGCUCUUGUCACCAAACUGACAACUACCUCUCUCCUAUGUUGACAACAAUGCCCAGCUACGCCCCAAGCUUCACAAGUGAAACUGCAGACAUGGUUUUUUGA